CCUCACCAGGGCGGCGCGCUAGUCCCUCACUGCCAGUGUUUUGGUUCUCAACUUCCUGCGCUGUCUGCCAUGGUACCCUCCGGCCAUUCAUCGUCGCCUUCGCCGCCACACGUGGUUUUGUUCGCCUUCCCCUUCGGAACGCGUCUCGCCGCCGCAGCUCCGGCUGCGAUCUUAUCUUUCGUGAGCACAGCUGAAACCCUCGAAAUCCUCCCGCGAAACACCGGAAAUCUUCGGCUGUUACCAUUCGCGGAGGAGAUCCGGGAUGGUGGAUCCUCUGCUGGAAUUGAGGAGGUGAUCGGAAAGUUCUUGGAGUCGGCUCCCGGGAAAAUACGUGCUGCCGUGAAGGCCGCCGCUGCAGAUGCUGGCGGGAUACCGGUGAGCUGCGUGGUGAGCGAUUCGUUUUUGUGGAUGGCGGAUUUUGUGGCAGAAGAGAUCGGGGUGCCGUGGGUUGCUGUUUUUACAGGGUUUCCGUUGGCGUUGUUAGCACACAUUCACGCAGAUGAUUUGCGCAGCCAUUUCGAAUGUGAAGAUAAAGUCAUCCCUUUUAAUACGGACACACUCCUCGACUUCAUCCCCGGUCUUGCCGCCAUGCGUGUUCGUGACCUCCCUGAAGGCAUCAUUUUCGGCGACAUGAACUCUAAAUUCGCAGUCAACCUCUAUAGCAUGGUUCAUCGCCUCCCCCGUGCUGCCGCCAUCGUCCUCUCCAAUUUUGCUGCCCUUGAACCCAGCCUAACUUCUCACACCACUCUUAACCUAACCUUCUCCGUCGGUCCUCUCAACCUCCUCUCUAUACCACCCUCCACUCCUGACAAAGAAGACUGCCUUCCAUGGCUGGACUCUCAUGAACCCUCUUCCGUUGUCUACAUUGCCUUCGGCUCUUUCAGUACUCUGCCACUCACUGAGUUGGCUGAGUUGGCUCAUGGGCUUGAAGACAGUGGUGCGCCCUUCUUAUGGUCUCUCAAGGAGGAGUUUCGCUCGAGCCUUCCUGAGGGGUUUGUGGAGCGAACACGACAGAGGGGGAAUAUGGUGAAUUGGGCGCCACAACUGUCUGUGUUGAAUCACUCAUCUGUGGGUGUGUUUGUAACACAUUUUGGGUGGAAUUCGAUACUCGAGAGCAUAAUGGCUGACAUGGUGACGGUUGGCAGGCCCAUACACGCCGACCAGAAUAUGGUAGCCAGGGCGGUUGAGUCGAUGUUGGGAGUAGGAACAAGUCUUGGUUCUGGUAUCACAAGAGGGGCUUUUGUUAAGGCUAUGGAAGCAGUUUUGAAAGGAGAAGAAGGGAAAAGGAUGAGAAAGAGGGUGGUGGAGAUAAGGGAGAGGACGGAGAAAGCUUUGUUGCCUGGUGGGAGAUUCUCGGAGAACCUCCGGAGACUGGUGGAGUUAGUCUGCAGAAUGUGAUAACCGGAAAUUGAUUAGUUUUGGGGUUUGAAUUUGUUGGGAUUCAUCUGAUGUUGCCUGUUUUUGAAGAAUGCAAUUCUGUAGAGCCUUGAAAGGUAUUGAAUAACAUUGGUUUGUUUGCUACAUUGAAUAUAAUGAGGAUGAAGCGAUAUGCCUGAAUCAAAUUGGCCGUUGAAC